UGGCGAGUGGCGACCCACUGUCAGGUGACUAAACGGCUUGGAUACACAGAGUUAAACGAUUGCCCAUUUUAUAUUAUACGACGCAUUCAAAUUUACCUAAUUGUUUACUCCCAUUUAAUUGUUUACUUACUCAGUGAAUGGGAAAAAUUAAAAACAUAAAUUGAGUUGCUCUCACUUAACUCAGUCAAAAAGUCCUGGACAUAGUCAACAAUCUCUAAAGGUAGAUGGCGAUAAUUCUGCCGUGCCUGCUAAUAGUUCCUUUAGUAAAACUAAAAUGAUAAGGCAUUAUCUUUUUAGGAUCGUACAGUCAACAGUUACAAUAAUUUCAGUGGCAGACUACAAUAUAGUUGUCCAUAUUGUGUUACUUUGUCUUCGCUUUUGUUUUUGUUCCUUUCAAAAUUAACAAUGUAAUUGACAUGAUUUUUCGUGACGUAAAGUAGUCAUCUCAGACCGCAAAACUAUUAUGGCACAACCUAAAGACAUGUCAAUUUGUCAGAAAACUUUUAUCAAGAAAAGUGAUACGAGUUACCAGAAAAAGGACGUGCUUGGUAAAGGCAAUUUUGGCAUCGUUUUUCUUGGUUCUCACAAGAGCAAGCAAGUAGCUGUCAAAAGACUCGAGUUACACAGACUGGAUCCGGAGGACCGUGAAGUUAAUCUGCAGAUGAAACUUGAGCACGAAAAUGUUCUCAAAAUUUUAUCAGUUGAUGAAGACGAUGACUACAGAUACAUCGUACUGGAAUUAUGUGCGGGAACACUUGGCGAUGUGAUCGACAAAACGUUCAACGGUCCAGCGCUGCCGCCCGAUCAAGAAGUCUUGUACGAAAUCACUAACGGCCUUGAUUACAUCCACUCGAAAAAACUUGUCCAUCGGGACAUUAAACCUGAAAAUAUUUUGAUUUCCACGGCAGGCAAAAUGAAAUUGUCAGAUUUCGGAUUGAGUAAACAAAUCAGCACUCGGGACACCUGUUCCAUGAGUGGAACAAGGGGAACUCGUUUAUGGAUGGCACCGGAAUUCUACGACAAUAACGAGAAAGCAACUCCGAAAUGUGAUGUUUUCCCGUGCGGUUGCGUCUUUUUUGUUUUCCUCACUCGCGAAAAUGGUGGAAUCCACCCCUUUGGCGAUACGAAAGACCCUCUGCAGGUGCCGUUAAACAUUCGAGAGGGUAAACCAGUUAACAUCGAGAAGUUAAAUUCUGAUCACUUUGCGUUUUCCUUCGUUACCAAUAUGAUUGAACGUGAUCCGGUAAAAAGAAUAUCUCUUCAAGAGAUUAAAAAUAAGUUACGAAGUAUUAUCGAGGAUUUUCCACAAAUGACUAUAAAUCAUGCAAGAGAAAACAAUGCUACCUGGGCAACAAUUUACGAGCCAAUCUACGCAAGUGGUUCAUUCAAAAAUGUCUACAAAGGAAAAUAUACUGAAGGAGAAAGAGCCGGUGAAGACUGCGUUGGAAAAUCCUUCAUAUCCGGUAGCGUUUUUGAAAGAUCCUUCUUUAAAUCAGAACAUAAAGUGGUGAGAAAAGCACUUGAAAUCAUUAACAACUUCAACAAGCAAAGAGUUAUUAACCAGACUAUCUGGCUCAUUAAACCAGGGAUCUGGAGCUGUAAAUCAGGUUCAAAAAGAAAAGCUGAAAAAAUGUUAAUUGAGCCCAUGAUUUCAAAUUUCGAAAAGUUCAACUCAAAUACGGGUUGGACUCCUGAAGAAUCGUCUCCUUGGAGUGAUAAGAUGCAAGCUCUAAGUCACUACUCAUAUCACUCAACUAAUCGGCAUUUGCUCCUUUGCGAUCUCCAAGGUGGAGUGAUCGAAAAUGGCGCUGUAUUAACUGAUCCCAUUAUCAUGUCAAGUACCAGGGAAUAUGGACCGACAGACCUAGGCGAUGAAGGGAUUUCUACCUUCUUUGUUUACCACAGAUGCAACAAAUUUUGUGAUUCAAAAUGGAUGAUUCCAAACGAUAAAAAAACAUAUUUCGAAAAGCGUCAAGGUUCUUCAAUGGACCUCGGUAAAAAACUGACGAAACUGAAACUUGUCAAUCAAACUCCAGGAGAAAUGAUUUUCUGAAAACGGAGUGAGUAAAUGAAACACUAAAACAAGAACAAGCCAAGAAAAUAUGAAGCUGUAGAAAUGUACUUCAUUCUUCCUUUCUUGUAUCUCCAACUAUACAUUACUUUGUGCUAUCCUGCUGUUAUUACAUCUAGGCUGCAGUUAUUCAAACGUAAAAAUGUUAAUAACAAUAAAGAUGAUGCAAUUCAAAUCUUUACAAUUGCGAAAAUAAACAGUUAAACACUAUUUUCAUCACACCAACCAAUGCGGAAGCUAGAUUUCAAGGUCGAGCUUUAGUAAUUAUAACCCCUUUUAGCAGUUAUUGUCUUCGCACACACAUCUCCAAAGAAAAGGCAGUGAUAUUGUGAACGGAUAGAAGAAAUUCAUCGAAAAGUAGUUAAUCAAGAAAAACUGAAAUAAACUCAGU